GAUUGGUGGAGGCUGGGUGACGUCAGAGCGGAGCUACCAGGACAUAAGAGACGGAGCAGAGAGGAGAAGCUUUAAGCUUCAACUCGGACCUGCAGCAGAGAUGGGCGUCUCCUCCUCCUCCCCCCCCGAGGGCGUCCAUGUUGUGAUUGUGGGCGGCGGCUUCGGCGGCACGGCGGCGGCGCUGCAGCUAAAGUCUCGGGGGCUAAAGUUCACGCUGAUCGAUGUGAGAGACGCUUUUCACCACAACGUGGCGGCGCUGAGAGCCGCCGUGACGCCAGGUUUUGCCCGGCAGACCUUCAUCCCGUACGCCGAGACCUUUGGGGACAGUUUUGUUCAGGGCCGAGUGGACCGGGUCGACACCGAGCGGCAGGUGGUGGUUCUGCAGGGAGGCAGGGAGGUCCAGUACAGCCACCUGGUUCUGUCCACCGGCACCGCCGGCCCGUUCCCCGGGAAGCUGGGCGGCGAGGAGUCGUACCGCGGCGCCGUGGCCGCCUACGAGAACCUGGUCCUGCAGGUCCAGGCCGCCGGCUCGGUUCUGGUGGUCGGGGGCGGGUCCACCGGGGCAGAGAUGGCAGCCGAGAUCAAGACCCGGUACCCCGACAAGAAGGUGGUUCUGGUCCACUCCAGAACGGAGCUGGCCGACCCGGAGCUGCAGCCCAGCGUGAGGCAGCAGGUGAAGGAGGUUCUGCUGGAGAAGGGGGUGGAGCUGGUUCUGGGGCAGAAGGUGACCAACCUGCCGGAGCUGCACCUCAACGUGACCCACAAGGACCAGCGGGUCAGAACCGACCAGGACCAGGUUCUGACGGUGGACCUUGUGAUCAGCUGUACGGGCCUGCGGGUCAACGCCGACGCCUACCGGGCCCACAUGGCCGGCAGCGUGGCGGAGGGCGGGGCCCUGAAGGUCGACGCCCACCUGCAGGUUGUGGGCGUGUCCAACGUCUUCGCCGUGGGCGACUGCAACGACGUAGCCGAGCCCAAGACGGCGUACGCCGCCGAGCUGCACGCCGCUGUAGCCGUAGCUAACAUCGCUAACGCCGCGGCGGGGAGGCCGCUGACAGAGUACCGGCCCGGCAACGCUACGCUGCUGCUAGCUCUGGGCCCCGACGACGGCGUGGGUCAGUUCAGCGGUUGGAGACUCCCACGGUUCCUGGUGGUUCUGGGGAAGAGCCGGGACCUGCUGCUGUGGAAGAGCUGGAGGGAGCUGGGCCAGACCCGGCCCUGAGGGGGACCGGGUCUGGACCGGGACCGGGACCCCCCCAGACCUGGUCCAGACCUGGUCCAACACAGAGUCCUCUAAACGAUGACAUCACAGAUUUAAGCCUUUUAUUUACGAUCAAUAAAAACAGUAAAACAUGAAAACGUGUCUCUUAUAGACGAGUUGAUCAGAACAUUCACUCACAUUCAAAAGCCAUAUUAAAAAAAUGAGUCACAUAUUGAAAUAUAACUUACUAAAUUUUAGAAAUAUCAGGAACUCAUUAACAGUUGAAGCCUCUAAAACUUAUUUCAAUGCCUUGAUUUUAUCUCAUCAUUAUUGUGUAUCGUGUUGGUCUCAGGCGAGUAAAUCUGUCAUAAAACCCAUCAGGUCACAAACAAGCCCUGAAAAUCUGAGACAGAAAAUCACGUCAGUAUCAUCACUGUGCUAUAAUUAACAAAUAUAAAAUGCUCAGCUUCGAUGAUUUAAUGUUGUACUCUACUGCCCUUAUUUUUUAACGUGUGCUUUUUAUUAUUUCACUUCUUUUCUUAUAAUUUUAUUUGUUAUUUUAAGCAUACUCUUAAAUUAAAUACUUUCUGAAAACCGUGAAUGAGGUUUAUCUGCUGGACUUGCCUUGCCUUACUCAGAUAACCGUUUAGUGUAUAAAAUAAUUCAUAAUACUGCUCCUCCCCUAUUGAAAAACUUUGAAAAACUCAGCUCUGAACUCACUGUCAGAGCCUGGAGGUUUGUCUUUAGUGGAGAAAGUAAAAUAUCCCGAAGCAGCUCUGCCGUUGCACAAUCUGCUUUCUCCUUUAAAGCAUCAAAUCAUGGAACAAUCUCUCAACCUGAAACUUUGCAGACUUCAAUGUUUUUUCUUUUGCAGUGGAUUUUAAGGAAUCAGACUUGUCAACAUUAAUUUUAUAUCUUAACUGUUUUACAAUUUUAA